CUUCGGUGGUUGCUAAGUGACGCCGCGCGUGUGCGGGCUGGAGCUGAGAUUCCCCCCGUCUCCCUCGGCCCUGUUGUCUCCUCAGCUUGAGGCGGGCGGCCCCUGGGCGCUGCUCACUGCCUCAGCGCGGCAGAGCUCCUCAGGCCCGCUUCCCUCGGCCUUCCCCUGCCUUCCUUCCCAGCCGGCUCUCACUGCUCUCUGCCUCUGACCCGCUUCUCUCAGGGGGCAGCGUCUGGUUGUGCCAGAGCUGGGAGCCGGCCUGUGCUCCUCUGUGAAGAGCUGUGCCACGUAGAGCUGCUCGUGUAGCUGUGCUCUGCGGUGCUGGUGGAGCCGAGCUCUGUCAACCCGAGCCUGGAGUGAGCUGCUGGCUUAACCGCAGAUAGCACCGUGGAUUGUUUUCUUCCCCAGGCCUUGACAGGGUUCCUCACAGAACAAAUCCUGUAAUUUAACUCAGCCUGUGCUGAUGGCUCACGUGUCCCGACGUUUUUCAGCAGGAUUAGUUUUUAAUCCUAUUUAGUCCUUUAACAGGCUUCCUGUGGCUUGAUCGAGACCGAACCUCUGACAGCUCCUGAAGUAUCGAAAACAGCGGUGUCAGGGUUGAAAAGUGCUAGGGCUGCCAUCAGAUGACUUUCUGCCUGACUGAGCUACACCUGUGGUCUUUGAAGACUACCUUACAUAUUAGCGAUGAAGACAUUGGGGUACAUCAGUACUACGACAAGAAAGAGCCAGGAUCACAAAUGAAGCAUGGUUACUUAGAAGACAAGCAAAAGCUAGCAGAAUCUCGAGAUUACCCUUGGAUACUGAAAAACAAACGACCAGAAAAACUGCGAGAUACACUCAAGGAAGUUGAGGACUUAAUGCAAAACAGUCAAUGUGUGCUGAGCAAAUGGAAGAACAAACGUAUCUGUCAGCUCCUCUUUCAUUCAGGUAUAUUGGUCUCCCUAAGCCUUUCUGGGCCACAGCUGGAGAAAGUGGUGAUUGACAGGACCCUGGUGGGGAAGCUCAUCUCCGACACCAUCAGCGAUGGUAUUCUUUUGGACAAUUUCAUCAUCUUGUCAUUUGAGGACUAUAACCAGCUCUGCUUCAUUCAGUUUACAAAGAAGAUGGAUUCUCCCGAUGUAAACAGAAGAAGACGUGAAAAACUCUCUUGUUUGGAUUUUAAGAUUUCUUACAUUGAUAUACCUGGACCAGAAGGUAGAAGGAUGAAACGUCACCUGGCAAUAAACUGUAUGCAAGAUAUGGCCAUUUGCUGGUGGUCAGCAACUAGUGAUGGAGCAUGGCCUUGGUCUCCUAUUUCCUGUGAAAGGGACAGAGCCAACCUAUUGCUGUUAGGCUGUGCACAUGGCAGACUGGAGGUUCUGAGUUAUGUCCGUACAGAAUGGGAUCCACUUGAUGCUAGCUUCAGCACUAAGGAGCCUUACCAGGUUCGCACAGUUGAGCACUCCAUCUCUGCAGAUAAAGAGCCCAUGGCUGACAGCUGCAUCUACAAUUGUGUUAGAAACAAAAUUCGGUGUGCAGCAGUCACCAGAAUACCGCUACAAUCAAAGGCCAUCAGCUGUUGCAGAAAUAUUGCAGAAGACAAACUAGUCUUGGGCUGUGAAGAUUCGUCAAUAAUUCUGUAUGAUGCCUACAACCAAGCGACUCUGUUAGCCCAAGCAAAACUAUUACCCACAUUAAUAACCUACCACCCUUCUGGGGCCAUAUUCCUGGUUGGCAGCUCUCAAGGGGAGCUGCAGAUUUUUGACACAGCUCUGUCCCCAGUUAAAAUUCAGCUCUUGGCAGAUGACUAUUCACCUGAGGCAACGCUGCAAUUCAGCAAACACUUUGACGUGUGUAGCAGCCUCAUGCAGAUCCAGUGGGCUGCUGCUCCAGCUGCAUCUCCCAGCACUGAUGGCGUAGAUGUUCAUGAUCUUUUGUUUGUUAAGUUCGACAAAGGACCCUUAGGAGUACUUCGCUUUAAACUUGGUGUGAUAACAAGAGGACAGCUGGGCCUCGUGGAAAUCAUCCACCAAUACAUUCGCUAUGAUGAGAUACAUGAGGCAAUUAACGUCCUGAACACCAUGAACUGGAACACGAUGGGUCAUCAGUGUUACAUAUGCUUGAGUGCUAUUGUCAAUCACCUACUUAAACAAAAGCUUACACCAGACAGAGAAGCACAGCUUGAGGCAAGCCUGGGAACCUUUUAUGCUCCAACAAGACCCCUCUUGGAUACCACCGUGCUGGAGUACAGGGACCCCAUCAGCAGAUAUGCAAGAAGGUUCUUCCACCACCUGCUCAGGUAUCAGAGAUUUGAAAAGGCAUUUCUACUAGCUGUUGACAUAGGUGCUCGGGACCUCUUUAUGGACAUCCAUUACCUUGCUCUAGAUAAGGGUGAAUUGGCACUAGCUGAAGUGGCAAAGAAAAAGGCUAAUGACAUUGAUGCAGAAUCAAUAACUACUGGAAUUGAGCUCCUGGGGCAUGCAGAUGAAGAGGACACAUCACACGAGGCCUUCGUCAGUCAGGUCCUGGAGCACGAAACCGAGCGCGAUGUGCCCACGGCCAGCCCAGCCACUCUGGCCUCUUCCCACAGACCCACUCGCUGUGAACUGGCGGAGGACAGUGCCGAGGAGCCUGGAGCAGGUGUUGCCUCCCUGACGGAGGAACCUUUUUCUGGGCACCAGGAAGGAAAUUUGAGAGCAGUUCCUACGGAACAGCCUGCCCCUGCAAGCUGCCUGCCUGCAGGGCUCUCACUGGGAUCAGUAGGAGGGCUCCGCGUACCACGUGUCCAGGACAGGGCUGCGGCGGAUUGAGCGCAUGAUGGUCAAAAAUGGUCAUUAUCCACUGGCUGCUGGAUAGAACACAAGAAAGGCCUUACUGACCCACGUUCAUCUCAGCGAGUUAGCUGGUACUUGGAUUGGUACUUCCAGCAUCAAGUCCACAGUAGAGAGGAGUGAAAUCCUAUCUUGGGUGUUCAUGAUCACUUGGAGCUGAUUUAACUGCAAGGUGCUGCCAAAAAAGGUGGCUUAGCCCUUCCCCCCAACCAGCCUCAGUCCUCCUCCUCCUCCGCCAUGGCAGCGUGGGUGCUUGUUCCACCACCAGGAGUUGCACGAGUGGGGAGACAGGCCUGCACCCCAUCCCCGAGCCCAGCAGCCACCCAUUGCCUGUAAGGACCCGGCCUGGGCUGGUGCCCGCUUGGGCGGCUCAGUGUUGGUGCCAAUAGAGCACAUACGUCGGGUGAUGAGUCAGCAGCGUAAAGCACUGGAGCUCUUCUCCGGUUUUAGUUCACAGGGGAAAAAAUACAUAAAAUACAAUCUGCAUGGUGGCAGCACGGGUAGAAGCAGAAGGCUGCCUCUAUUUUAGCCUCCUCCCGAUUACAGUUCUUGUUGAAACUUUUAUUUUCGAGGCCAAAGUACUCAAUGUUUGGCGACAGUACAAACAGAUCAUUAAAAAAAAAAAAGAAAAGAAAUGCUUCAACCUCCCAGUGGAGCAGGAUGGCACUUCUUUCUUUCUUUCACUGCAAAGCCGUGCCAAGUGAAAUCGUGCUCUAAGAGCUGUUCUACCAGUCCCGAAGAGCUGGAGAACACACGCCCGCCCCACCUCUGCAGCGUUUGGGCCGGGUGGAGGAUGGGGACGGCUGGCAGUGGGUGACUGGGUUCACCGCAGCGAGACCGCAGCGGUGGGCUGUCCCUUCUGGUGGCCUGAGGAUGCAGUAUGGAGUGAGACAGAGCUGCGGGGAUGGCCUGGGGACGUUGGUCAGAUCUGUGUUCUUCCUGAGCGGGGUGGAGGAUGGUCCACCCAUGUGUCUCGCCCCAUGUGAGCAGCUGGAUUAAUUAAUCAAUCCAGAAGUUUGUUGGAUCGUCACUAUGGCUGUGUAGAUGCACAGGCUGUGUUAAAGGAGGAACAGCAAGAAAAACACCUUGCCAUUAUGUAAUGAGGAGCUCAAAGGCAGCAGCUGUGAACAGUGCAGGGCUGUGGGUGAGCACGAUGUGCUGAGGGUGAAGGAGCCCUUUGUGUGCUCUGGUUUGGGGCAGAAGAGCCAUCCGCAUGAUGUUAGCUUGGUGCUGCUAGGCUGCGCUGCCAGUGCUGGCAGUCCUGGCCUGUGACGGUUCCUGGAAACCUGUGUCCUGGAGAUGGACGUAGACGCCAGCCCUCAGCACCCUCCUGUCUGCUUACCCGCCCUGAGCGCUGCCAUUCAUUCUGCUCAUCCAGCAUUCACCCCAAAUCCACACUCGGCAGCAGCUGUAGGCCCCACAGCUGUGGCACUGGUUCCUGGCAGGGCGCUGGGCCUGGCAUUGCAGGGCCAGACCUGCGCCGCCAUUUUGUGUUGCCCCUCAUGGAGCAGCACCAGGGCAUCUAUCCCCAAGUCUCCAUAUCCCCGAGGCUUGCACCUUCCUGCUCCCCUUCCCUCCACUGCCACAGCCCAUGCAUUGCCUCAGAGGGAGACUUCACUGUACCAGGCUUGGUGCCACUGAGGGGAGCACACCCAAGGCCCAGCCCUUGCACAGUCAGCGCUGCGGGACAAUCUCUGUGAUUGUGAAGGGGAGGACCUGUUGUGUGCCCCUCUGCGCUGGCGAAAUGCUGAAGUGACCCAGCACAAAAAGCCUGGAGUCUCAGGUGGGGAACGCAUCUGAUGUGGGCCCAAGUCCUCCCCACCCGUUAUGCUCUCAGCUAUGAGCAAGCUUCCUAUCCUUGAGACUGCCAACCCACCUGGUGCUCGAGCAGUCAGAUGGGAUUGGUUUCCUAGAGGAAAGCCGUGGCCCUACAGCACACAGCUCAGAGGCAGGGCUGUGCUGGUGCGGGGGCACAUGUAUCCCCACAGCGAAGGGCGAUGGUGGACCCAGCUCGUGGUUUGUGUUUGGCCCCGUUUCCUUGCUCUGAGCACGGAGCUGGGCCAGGUGAUCCCAGAGGUCCCUCCCUGCCUGCGUUACUCCACACGCUGAGCAUCUUGAGCAAGCUAUUUAGGUCAGAGCCUCUGUGGAGCAGCACCCAGUCUCAGAGGAGUCAGGCCAAGCCACCCAGCACCCUGCUAACCAGCUGAGCACCUCUGGAAAACGUGGAUCUCAACUGCUCUGUUGCUUCCGUGUUGGAGGCGAAUCUUGCUUAUUUACAGGAACUUGAGGUGCUGAAGGCAACGUGCCUGGUGGCUGCCAAGUGACUAUUGUAAUAUACCAUCACUCAGCUGGAUCCCUGUCAGCUAGAAAGGUUUUACACAAUGCUAUCUGAGGGAGACCAGAAGGCAUUUCCAGUCAAAAGGAGCAGUGUCUACGGGUCCAAACAGGAACCAUGUCUGUGGUCUGGGGGUGGUCAGCCUCAGCCUGCAAAGCCAGGUAUUUAAAAUCAGGAGCCCAUGGGUCCAUGAUGGUACCCCCUCCAACUGUCCUCCUUCCCCACCUUCAUCAGCCCUUGGGACACUCCUGGCAGAACAAGCGGAGCAAGUUGCCCACCCAGGGACAAGGUUUCUCCUGUUUUCUGCUCCUGGAGAAUAAAGAGAAUGGGCCUGGGGAGGCGGAGCAGUGGGACCACUCCAUCACCGCACAAAGCCCCACGGGCUGAGCUCUCUAAGGCACAGGCAGAUGCUCUCCUGCUCAUGCUUCUCUUCUGUGGUGAGGAGCUGCUCAUUGUGACAAGCAGGGCUGUGAUAUGAGCUCCCCAUUCAUAGGCUCAUAGAAUCACCAAGGUUGGAAAAGACCUCUAAGAUCGCCAAGUCCAACCCCAGCCCAUCCCCUCCAUGCCCACUGACCAUGUCUCUCAGUGCCACAACUCCACAUUGCUCGAACACCUCCACGGUCAUUAGCCCCACCACUCCCUGGGCAGCCCUCUUCCUGUGCUGCAAAACCCCACUCUCAUCAAAUGAUGAUGGCUCCUUUUAUUGCUGGUGCUGCUUUGGGAAAGGUGCAGAUGUCAGGAUGGAGCUCCAGCCAUGAUUGCUCCUCCUUCUUUGGUUUGCAUCGAACACCCCUCUGGGCUUGAUGCCACAUCACAGCCUUCCCACACCGCACCACCAGCUCUGCCUUGCUGCGGCCAGAUAGGUUUGCAAAUAAGUUUUUUAAAGAGUGUAUGCAAAAACCACACAAGUGGGUAGGUCUGCAGCACUCAGCUGGCGUGGGAUAAAUGCUUCUACCCAGACAGAGCACAAGUCACAAAACCCCAAACCUGGGGCACGCAGGCCUCUGAGCCUGGAGGAGUGAGGACCUACCCAGCAGCCUCAGACCCCAGAUGUGCAAGUGCGGCUUUGCUCUGCACUGAGAGGCUGCUUCCACCCUGUGGGCAGAGCCACGUGCUUCAGGAUGGGGCAGGCAGACGUUUCCCUGGGUGCUCGGCUCCACACCUGGUUCUGCUUGCAUCAUGGGGAGCCAUCUGUAACUCAAAAGAAAGCAAUGAUUCACUGGGCUGCAGCUCUUUCCAAGUAUUUAAUGCAUUUCGCAGGCACGCUAGCCCAUGUUAUGAAAUGCCCUCUCUUUGCGGUGUGCAUUGUCAUGUCCUGUACGAAAACAGAACUCAGUUUUCCAUUGUGCACUGGCACAGUGCAGAAAGAGGAGGUAACGUGCACAUAGUUCUGCCUCCAUCGCUAUUUGCAUCGUAUUAGAAAUACAGAAUGCCAUCCCCACGCCACUCUGACAACCUGGCUGGCUCCCCGCUGACAUUAGCCCAGCCUUGAGGUGCUGGCGGUAUGUUUUAACAAAAAUAUUGUUAACAAAAAUAUAAAGUUUCACUUUUGCCAUGAACCUUCCUGGCACAGGGGAGGGGGCUGGAGGAGUGGGAGUGGGGAGAAGCCGGGGAGCGGUGCCCUGCACGCUGCUGCCAGGUCAGGGCUGUCUCAUGUCACUGGAUGGUUGGCAGCGGGGGCACCAGGGCGAGGUCCCCAUCCACCCUGUCCUGAU